AAUUCUAAGAUAAUUUUGUAUUUUGUUAUAUUUUGAAAGAUUUUAAAUUCUUAAAAAAAGAAAGUUCUCACAAUUGGAAAUGCAUCCAGCAAGAAGAAGAGAGUUCUCUACCGGUACAAGGCCAAGAAGGAGGAUUCCUCCUUUUGAGGCCUUGUCUAAUUACUGUAAUAAUUUGGUUGAUUAGGGAACAUGUUCAUUCAUACAUUUCUAAUUCUUUUUGGGCGAGACAAAAAUUGAGUGAGUUAAGUGGAUCUAGAAGCUUCAUUCUUUAGGCAGGAUUCAUGAAAGCGAUCCUGUGAUCAAUUUGUUUGUUUGAAUCUUUUGCUUGAGAGGUCUGUUGGUGCAUACACUCUUUUAAGAGUGAAAGAGUUGAGUUCUUUUGU